AUGUUUGUACAAGGUCUCCAAAUCAAACAAAGAUCGGAUAAUUCCGAUCUUGGGGAAGACGGUAGCGACGAGGAAGGUCCUGAAGAUAUUCUCCAGAAACGACGGGAAGAAUGCGAGAGAAAAGCCAGACGAGGGGAGAUGGACCCCCGUUUGGAGUUUGCCUUUCAACUUUUAAUGGAUGCGACGCAGUUAUCGCGUCACGAAGUCAUGGACCACGUUUUCGAAGAUGACAUGUUGGACGAAAUUAAUCAAUUAUUUAUGCCGCACAUGAGAUCUGCUCUUGUUUGGUACUAUCAGGAAGUUGAGGAGUCAGAACCACCAAUUGAUACGGUGCAGCCAAAGACUGUAGCUUCUAGACCAGCCCCAAAUGCAACAACAUCAAAAGUAAAGGAACAAAAGGAACCAAAGGAACCACCUAAGAAAAAGCUUUUUUUAACUGAUGGCUGGCAAGUGCCUUGCACAGGCAUUUGUAUUUAUAUGUUCAGGAUCAAUGUAUCUAAACAAUUACCAGAAGAAGGAUUUCAAAAAGACCUUUAUACGGGUGUGAUAGAUACGAUGAAGGUAGGCGUAAUAACUUCUAUUCAAAGAAUUGUAGAGCAAGUAUUUAUGGAUGCUUUAGCACAUCCUGGUGCAGAAGGUGAAGACGAUUGUUCGAUGAUUAAGAGUCUCUUGUUACCAGGUUUGAGAUCUUUUUGCAGCGCUCUUAAAGUUUGCGAAAAGGUAGCGCUUGAUGCUGGUAUAUUCAGCGACGGUGAGCUAAUGAUGACGGAAGUGCACAACUUUGAAGAAGCGAAAGCUUUUAUAACAAAAGAAAAUGUUGUAGAACAAAUUGAAGAAAGAGUAAAACUCUGGAUUAAAAAACUCAAGGAUUUUAUGGCAGAAAGUAAGCAGGUUAAAAGGGAAAAUGAUGUCUCUGGACCACAGCAAGAACUUGAGUAUUGGAAACGACGGGGUGCACAAUUUAGUCAACUAGUCAAUCGUUUACAGGAUCACGAAAUCACUAUGUCACUUCUAUGUUUGCAAGUAGCACGUUCAAAGUUAAUUAAAGAUUGGGUUGACGCAGAAGAUGAAGUGACUUAUUGUUAUAAUGAAGCGAAGGAUAACGCGAAGUUUAUUCAAGCGCUAGAGAAGUGCUGUCAUUGCCUUUACCUCGAUGAUCCUGUAAAAAUGCGGGAUUCGCUGGUAUCACUAUUACAAACUGUUAGAUUAAUAUAUAGUGUCUCAAGAUAUUAUAAUACUUCAGAAAGGACAAGUUCGCUAAUGAUUAAAAUUACGAAUCAAAUGAUUGUUGCCUGUCGAGAUUACGUCACAGAAAGAGGUCGAGGAGUUAUUUGGGGCCAAGAUCGCGUAGCCGUUCGAUCGAGAUUAAAACACUGUUUACGUCUAAACAAAGCUUAUAGAGAAACAUACAGACUAGUUCGAUGUUCACCAGCAGUUACAGAACAAGAAUUUUCUUUUUCUGAAACACAUGUCUUUGGUCGAUUCGAUGCUUUCUGUGCUAGAAUUCGCAAAAUUCUCACCAUGUUUGAUCUUAUACAAGAUUAUCAGACUCUCUUUGAGAGACGAAUGGAAGGUUUACUCCUUGGAGAAGCAUUAGAAGAAGCUAUAAAAACCUUUGAAGAAGCUAAAAAGAUUGCGACUAGUAAGUCUUACGAUUAUCUCGAUCCAAGGAACACUGAUUUUGAUAUCGAUUAUGAUGAUUUUAUGGCAAAAACAAAUACAUUGAAAGAAAAUAUCGGUGAGAUUAUUGAAAAAAAUUAUUCCGAUGUAUGGGAAACACCACAGGGUAUACGAUUUCUAACACGAUUUGAAAAGGUCAGUGAAAAAAUACCGCUUACCAAAUUAGAGGAAAAAUAUAACAUAGUUGUGAAAUAUUGCGAUAAAGAGAUUGACCGAAUUUUAAAACUAUUCAAACGACAAAGAGACGAUCCUCCAUUGCCGAGACACAUGCCACCUAUAGCUGGACGAUUGACUUGGGCAAAUUCUUUAAAAGUACAUCUGGAUGAAUUGACAGCAUCCGUGUCAAAUCAUCCUGUUUUAAAAACGUUACCACUGACUGCUGACUUGGUGAAAAGGUAUAAUCACGCAAUUGCUAUUCUAAAACAAUAUCAGAACGAUAUUGCUGAGAUUUGGACGCAUCAGAAUUCUUGGGUUAUCGAGGACUGUUUAAAACGCCCGCUACUUACAGUCGACGAGAAAUCGGCGAAAGUGAAGGUCAAUCUCGAAAACCGAGUUAUUCUUCUAUUUCGUGAAGCGGAUUGUUUAGCAAAGAUAAAUUUGGAGAUCCCAAUUGUUGCACUAACAAUAUUGGCAAAAAAAGAUUAUUUUACUUUAGUCACGGAUUCGCUCCAACUUAUGAUCGAGGAAUUUGUUUGUACCGCAAAACGCGUUAAACUAGAAGUUCGUCCGUUAUUGUUACCACAUUUAGUUUGUAUUGCGUCUUUAUUGGAACCUGGUUUAACAACCUUGACCUGGACCAAGGCAAAUUGGAAAGAUUUUUGCCAAAAUACAAAAGAACAGAUCAAAACUUUUGAUAUUCUUAUCACAAGAGUUCAUGACGUUUAUGAUAAUAGGAUUUUGCAAGUGUUGACAAGUAUGCAAAAAGUAACUUUGCAUACUCUGCCCGAAUCUGAUCAACCAUGGGCAAUAGAGGAAUUUGUAGAAAAGAACGAAGAAAUAUGUAGGAUAGCAGCAAUAGAUUUACAUCGUAAAAGCACAAUGAUCGAAGAAGCGGUAGAAGAAGUAUUGCAGCUUGUUAGAAAGGCUACAGAUAGCUUCAAAAGCACUGUCGAUUCCAAUCAAUUUGAUUUUCUUACUACUGAAGGAGCGGAAGGACAGGAAGCUACAGAACAAACAGUUCAGCAAGAUUGGUCUGUAGUAUGGAAUUAUUUCGAUGAUCCUCAUCAAUUGUUAACAACACCUGGUUCUUUAUCCAAAAGUAUGCAAGAAAUGGUUCGAAACGCAGUAACCGAGAUGAGACGAUAUUAUUCCAGAAAAAUCGUGGAUGUGUUAAUAAAAGUCACCAGAAUAUCUUUAGAUGCAAUCAGAAAAAGAUUUAUUCGAGAACUUGAUUCAGAAGCAACUCCGAAUCCAAUAUUCUUAUUACAUGCAACACUGAUGAUUCCUGCAGUAACAGUCAAACCAAGUUUAGAUGAUGUUCAAGAAGCAUUGACAUCAGUUGGAAAAAUGAUUACGGGUGUCGCGAAAGGAGUUGCGCAAUGGAAUUCUAGAGGUAGUAAGAGCUUGUGGAAGAAUCUUCCCUAUACAUCUAAACGAAAUUUAGCCAAUAUUGUAUUGCAAGCACAAAGUGACGCCGCAAAACAAAAGCAGGAAGAACUGGAAGAUUCGAAAACUAGAAGGCGAAGACUUUAUAAAAUUCUCUCUGAAGAGAAACCUGUAUUUCCGGUUCAAGAAAAAAACUUCUACACAAUGGUUAUGGACAAUAAGGAAAUCAUUAAACUUCUCGGCAUGUUAAGCAGUUGUACAAUGGAAUUGCGACAAGACUUGACAGAAUUUCUUGAUCGUUGGAAGCCUUAUAAAUUUCUGUGGAAAAAUGAUCGCAAUAUGCGAGAAUUGCUACAAAUCUCUUUGUCAGAAUUCGAAACUAUUCUUCGUAAACACAGUGAACUCGAAGAUCGAUUAGCUACCGAGCCAGAUAUGAUCAUAUUCGGUACAUCGAUUGCUGUAUCAACAGAAAAGCUGAAAUAUGGUGUUUAUACAGAAAUUAAAGGUUGCACACAUAAAAUAGGUCAAGCAAUGAAGAAAAAAUAUCGUCGCGAAAUGGAAUACGUUUAUGCGCUAAUAAACGAAAUGGAUCGUAAAUUAGAUCAUCAAAUUCGCGAUUUGGAUGACGUACGUCUUAUUAUGGACACUUUGAAAAAAAUUCGCGAGCAAGAGGUUGAUAUGGAACUCAAAAUUGAUCCCAUCGAAGAAGCUUUCAAUAUAGUUACAAGAUACGAAGUACCUGUGGAUCAGGAAUGCUUGGAACAGGUGGAUAAUUUGAGAGAUACCUGGCAAAAUCUGUUGGCACGAGCGCAAGGGAGUCAUGUCUUGCUACUGAAUUUACAACCGCAAUUCGAAAACGAUUUAAAAAAUAAUCUUGAGAAAUUCCGUGCCGACAAUGAAAUGUAUUGCGAAGAGUACAGAUCGUCCGGACCGAUGCAGCCAGGUUUGAGUCCCCGUGACGCUUCAGAUAGACAAAUAUUGUUUCAGAACAGAUUUGAUGGCAUGUGGCGAAAGCUACAAACCUACCAAAGCGGUGAAGAGCUUUUUGGUUUGCCUAUCACAGAUUAUCCAGAACUUUCACAAAUCAGAAAGGAGUUGAAUUUACUGCAGAAAUUGUAUAAACUUUACAAUGACGUCAUUGACAGAGUCAGUAGCUAUUACGAUAUUCCAUGGGGCGAGGUUAAUAUCGAAGAAAUAAACAAUGAAUUGAUGGAGUUUCAAAAUCGUUGUCGCAAAUUGCCAAAAGGAUUAAAGGAAUGGCCAGCAUUCUUUGCACUUAAGAAGACAAUCGACGACUUUAACGAUAUGUGUCCCCUUCUCGAGCUGAUGGCAAACAAAGCAAUGAAACCGCGUCAUUGGCAGAGAAUUGUAGAAGUCACAGGGUAUUUGUUCGAUUUGGAGAGUGAAGGUUUCUGUCUUAAAAAUAUUCUUGAAGCGCCACUACUAAAGAACAAAGAAGACAUCGAAGAUAUUUGUAUAUCAGCUAUGAAGGAGAAGGAUAUUGAAGCGAAAUUGAGGACAGUAGUAAACGAAUGGUCAUCUCAUGAAUUGACUUUUAUGACGUUUAAUAACAGAGGGGAAUUGUUGCUGAGGGGAGAUACAACAGCAGAGACUAUCAGUCAACUGGAAGAUAGCUUGAUGGUUCUUGGCUCACUUAUGUCAAACCGCUACAAUGCGCCCUUUAGAAAGCAGAUACAACAGUGGCUUUCUGAUUUAUCUAACACGAAUGAAAUCCUCGAAAGAUGGUUACUUGUGCAAAACAUGUGGGUUUAUCUCGAGGCGGUGUUCGUGGGUGGCGAUAUUGCGAAACAAUUACCAAAAGAAGCUAAAAGAUUCAGCAAAAUCGACAAAAGCUGGCAAAAGAUCAUGCAACGUGCUCACGAAACACCAGGAGUUGUACCUUGUUGCGUAGGCGAUGAUUUGCUGAAGCAGCUUCUACCACAUUUACAGGAGCAAUUAGAAUUAUGUCAAAAAUCUCUAAGUGGAUAUUUAGAGAAGAAACGCAUGAUGUUUCCAAGAUUUUUCUUCGUUUCUGACCCUGCACUCUUGGAGAUACUUGGACAAGCGUCCGAUUCUCAUACUAUACAAAAUCACUUACUUUCUAUAUUCGAUAACACACGCUACGUAAAAUUUCAUGACAUUGAAUACAAUAAAAUGACAGCCAUUGUUUCAUCAGAAGGUGAAACUAUACAGCUUGAGAAAGCAGUAAGAGCAGAAGGUUCCGUGGAAACAUGGUUGAUGCAAUUGUUACAAACAUCGCAACUUUCUUUACAUUCUAUUAUCCGUCAAUGCUACAGCAUGAUUAAUGACGCAAACUUCAAUUUAUUGAGCUUUCUUGACAAAAUGCCUGCUCAAAUAGGUUUGCUAGGCAUUCAAAUGAUUUGGACGCGAGAUGGCGAACUAGCCUUAGCUCAAGCUCGCGCCGAUAAAAAAAUUAUGGUCGAAACCAACAAUAAGUUUCUUGAUCUUUUAAAUACGUUAAUCGAUCAAACCACAAGAGAUCUUACUAAAAUAGAACGAAUUAAAUUCGAAACAUUAAUUACUAUACACGUGCACCAACGUGAUAUUUUUGAUAUUUUGUGUCGUUUGAAUGUACGAUCCGUGAAUGAUUUUGAAUGGUUAAAGCAAUGCAGGUUUUAUUUUAAAGAAGAUCUAGACAAAACAUCCAUAUGCAUAACGGAUGUUCAUUUUACCUACCAAAAUGAAUACUUGGGAUGUACCGAGCGAUUGGUUAUUACGCCAUUAACCGAUAGAUGUUACAUUACAUUAGCGCAAGCUCUGUCAAUGUCGAUGGGAGGAUCCCCGUGCGGUCCGGCAGGAACCGGAAAAACCGAAACUGUAAAAGACAUGGGAAAAACUUUGGCAAAGUAUGUCGUAGUUUUCAAUUGCUCCGAUCAAAUGGAUUAUCGAGGAUUAGGUCGCAUUUAUAAAGGAUUGGCACAAAGCGGCUCAUGGGGCUGUUUCGAUGAAUUUAACAGAAUUGAAUUGCCAGUUUUGUCUGUUGCCGCACAACAAGUCGCUGUAGUACUUGCAGCAAAAAAAGAAAAAAAGAAACAGUUUGUCUUCACAGAUGGAGAUCAAGUUGAUAUGUGUCCAGAACUUGGAAUAUUUAUUACUAUGAAUCCUGGGUAUGCAGGACGAAAAGAAUUGCCAGAGAAUCUAAAAAUACAAUUUCGCACAGUAGCUAUGAUGGUACCUGAUCGUCAGAUUAUCAUACGUGUAAAGUUAGCUAGUUGUGGAUUUCUAGAGAAUAUUACUCUUGCUCGUAAAUUUUAUACUCUUUAUAAAUUAUGCGAAGAGCAAUUGACCAAACAGGUUCACUACGAUUUCGGUCUGCGAAAUAUAUUGUCCGUGUUAAGAACCUUAGGAGCGGCGAAGAGAGUCAAUUCCAAGGACACGGAAAGUACAAUCGUCAUGCGAGUUCUAAGAGACAUGAAUCUGUCGAAACUCAUAGAUGAGGAUGAACCACUCUUUAUAUCUCUCGUAGCUGAUUUAUUUCCCAAUCAAGUCCUGGAGAAAACUUCAUAUCCUGAAUUGGAAACAGCUAUUAAUGAACAAGUAGAGCAAGCUGGACUAAUUUAUCAUUCGCCAUGGGUACUAAAAUUAAUACAAUUAUAUGAAACGCAAAGAGUGAGACACGGUAUCAUGACGUUAGGUCCAACCGGCGCGGGCAAGACUACUUGUAUACAUAUCUUAAUGAAAGCAUUAACGCAAUGUGGCAAUUCCCAUAGAGAAAUGAGAAUGAAUCCUAAAAGUAUAACAGCCGCUCAAAUGUUCGGUCGUUUAGAUGUAGCUACGAAUGAUUGGACAGAUGGAAUUUUCUCAGCUUUAUGGCGUAAAACAUUAAAAUUAAAGCAGGGUGAACACAUAUGGCUAGUACUUGAUGGUCCCGUUGACAGUAUUUGGAUAGAAAAUUUAAAUUCUGUAUUGGAUGAUAAUAAAACUUUGACUUUAGCUAAUGGUGACAGAUUAUCGAUGGCACCAACGUGUAAAAUUAUUUUUGAGCCGCACAACAUUGAUAAUGCUAGUCCUGCAACUGUUUCGCGAAACGGAAUGGUGUACAUGAGCUCCUCAGGAUUGGAUUGGAAUCCAGUUGUUACUGCUUGGCUAAAAUCACGAUCGUCAUUGGAGCAAGAAGUUCUCGAAAAAUUAUUUACAGAUUCUUUCGCACAGAUCUAUUCAUGGAGCACUCAAACGUUAGUGCUUGCUAUUGAUGUCUUGCAAUGUAAUAUAGUAAGACAAAUGCUUUGUCUGCUAGAAGGCUUAAUACCUCCUGAAGUAGAAGUAGAAGAAACCGAGGAUGAAGAUAUGGAGAAAGAUAAACCUAUUCCUAUAACGGCAGAAUAUUUAACACGUCUUUACGUUUUUGCGUUAGUGUGGGGUAUAGGAGCAUUGUUAGAAACUGCCGACAGACAAAAGUACGACAGGUAUCUUCGAGAAAACUUCGAUACCUUGGAUCUUCCAACUUCUGAUAGGUAUUUGGAUGCUACGGUAUUUGACUUUUUCGUCACUGAUAAAGGCAUAUGGGAUACAUGGACAAGUAUUGUGACCAAUUACGUUUAUCCGGAAUACUCAACACCUGACUACAGUAAUGUUUUAAUACCUAUACCAGAUAAUGUAAGGAUUCAAUAUUUGAUUGAUUUAAUUGGUCGUCAGGAUAAAGCUGUGUUACUAAUAGGCGAGCAAGGUUCUGCUAAAACUGUCAUGAUGAAAUCAUAUAUGAAGAAAGCAAAUCCAGAUACAACUUUGAAUCGCUCUUUCAAUUUUAGCUCUGCAACUAGUCCAUAUCAGUUUCAAAAAACCAUUGAGAGUUACGUAGAAAAGCGUUUAGGAAAUACAUUCGGACCACCAGGUGGCAAAAAAAUGUUAAUCUUUAUUGAUGAUGUAAAUUUGCCUCAAAUCAAUGAAUGGGGUGAUCAAGUGACCAACGAGAUUGUUCGGCAAACUAUGGACAUGAAGGGAUUUUACUCUUUGGAGAAACCUGGUGACUUUACCGCUAUUGUUGAUGUUACUUUCUUAGCGGCCAUGUGCCAGCCCGGAGGCGGAAGAAACGACAUUCCCUCAAGACUCAAGAGACAAUUUUGUAUUUUUAAUUGUACUUUGCCUGACAACGCAUCAAUCGAUCGAAUCUUUAGCGUCUUAGGCGAAGGACAUUACAAUGUUAAAAGAGGAUUCUCACAAACAGUGCGUCAGCUGGUUAAGAAAAUGAUUCCCUUGACUAGAAUACUGUGGGAGAGAACACGGGCGAAGCUGUUACCAACACCUGCGAAGUUUCAUUAUGUAUUUAACCUUCGAGAUCUCUCGAGAAUCUGGCAAGGUAUGGUCGGUACAUUGUCAACGGUCAUUGAUAAGGAAAGCGUACUGAUGUUGCUUUGGAAGCAUGAAUGUACACGAGUGUUCAGCGAUAGACUUACGAUACAAAGCGACAAAGAUUGGUUUGAUGAAGAAUUAAUUCGCGUUGUAGCCGAUAUUUUAGGAGAGAAAUAUAUAAAUAUGCUGGAUCAAAAUCCUACAUUCGUCGAUUUCAUGAGAGAUGCUCCAGAACCAACCGGCGAAGAAGGUGAAGAUGCAGACGUAGAACUUCCCAAGGUAUACGAACCUGUUUAUGAUGCUCAAGUAUUAAGAGAGAGACUAGACAUGUUUCUGGCACAGUUCAACGAAAUGCAAAGAGGUGCUGGAAUGGAUCUAGUAUUUUUCCCUGACGCUAUGCUGCAUCUAGUAAAGAUAUCUAGAGUCAUUAGACAUCCAAAAGGCAAUGUGAUGUUAGUAGGUGUCGGCGGUUCUGGCAAACAAAGUCUUACAAGGUUAUCAUCUUUUAUUGCCGGAUACAAAACGUUUCAAAUUACUUUGACUAGGUCUUAUAACAUAGCCAACUUCUUAGAAGAUCUAAGAUUUCUGUAUCGCACUUGUGGUGCUCAAGGCAAGGGUACAACGUUUAUCUUCACUGACCUUGAUAUUAAAGAGGAAGGCUUUCUCGAAUAUUUAAAUAAUAUUCUGAGUUCAGGAGUUAUUAGCAACUUAUUUACACGUGACGAACAAGCGGAAAUUAUCUCGGAAUUAACACCUAUUUUAAAACGAGAAAAUCCUAAAAAAACUCUUAAUAACGAAUUGGUGAUGGAUUUCUUUUUGCAAAGAACUUGUCAAAAUUUACAUGUUGUUUUUUGCUUCUCUCCUGUGGGUGAAAAGUUCCGGAAUCGCGCUCAGCGAUUUCCAGCACUCAUUUCAGGUUGCACUAUAGAUUGGUUCCAACCUUGGCCUAAGGAUGCUUUAAUUUUGGUUGCUAAACAUUUUCUACAUGAUUUUGAAAUCGCUUGUACUAACGAUGUAAAGACUGAAUUGGUGAAUGCAUUAGGAUCCAUACAAGACAUUGUUUCGGAAACAUCUAUAGAAUAUUUCCAAAGAUUUCGACGUGCCACUCAUGUAACUCCAAAGUCUUAUUUAAAUUUCAUCGGUGGAUACAAAAAUAUCUACCGAUCUAAGCAACAUGAACUUGGUGAAGGAGCUAAAAGAAUGGAUACAGGUUUAGCAAAACUCGAGGAAGCAUCAAUAUCAGUUGAGAUCCUAAAGAGAGACUUGGCCGUAAUGGAGCAGGAACUAGUUCAGGCUUCCGAGAAAGCUGAAACGGUACUUUUAGAGGUGACAGAAAGAGCAAUGCAAGCUGAAGCUUUUAAGAAUCAGGUACAAAAGGUAAAGGAAAAAGCGGAACAAUUAGUAGCUUGUAUAGCUGAUGAAAAAGCGCUGGCUGAACAAAAGUUAGAAGCUGCGAAACCAGCAUUAGAAGAAGCGGAAGCUGCUCUAAAUACUAUUAAACCUGCCCACAUAGCAACAGUAAGAAAGCUAGGUAGACCACCUCAUCUAAUAAUGAGAAUUAUGGAUUGUGUAUUAAUUUUGUUUCAACGUAAAAUUGGAUCAGUUGUACCUGACACAGCUGCACCGUGCCCCAAACCUUCAUGGGCAGAAUCUUUGAAACUCCUGGCCAGUACAACGUUUUUAUUACAAUUACAAAAUUAUCCAAAAGAUAUAAUAAAUAAUGAGAUGGUUGAGCUAUUGCAACCUUACUUUAAAAUGGAAGAUUACAAUAUGGAAACAGCCAGGCGUGUAUGCGGUGAUGUUGCUGGUUUAUUAUCGUGGACUAAAGCUAUGGCAUUUUUCCAUUCCGUCAAUAAAGAAGUUCUUCCUUUAAAAGCUAAUUUAGCACUGCAAGAAGCACGAUUAAAACUCGCAAUGGAGGAUUUGGCAAAUGCUGAGAGAGAAUUAUCGGAAAGAGAAUUGGCUUUACAGAUGGUUAAAGAACAGUAUGAUACCGCGGUAGCAGAGAAGCAAAGAUUAACAGAGGCUGCGAAUGUAUGUCUGAGAAAAAUGACAGCUGCAACUGCUUUGAUAAAUGGAUUAGGUGGCGAAAAGAUUCGUUGGACUGAGCAAAGUAGAGAAUUUAAGAUUCAACUGGGACAAUUAGUCGGAGACGUUUUGUUGGCAACUGGAUUUUUAUCGUACUGUGGACCUUAUAAUCAGCAAUAUCGAGCUAGCUUGGUGACUGCGUGGAUGAAUAUACUAACCACCAAAUCUAUACCUUUUACUAAAAAUUUAAAUAUAACGAAUAUGCUCGUUGACACAGCAACAACGUCAGAAUGGACUCUUCAAGGAUUACCGAAUGACGAGUUAUCCGUACAAAAUGCACUCAUAGUUACGAAAUCGUCAUCUUAUCCGCUUCUUGUGGAUCCUCAAAAUCAGGGAAAGAUGUGGAUUAAGAAUAAAGAAAGCACAAAUGAGUUGCAGAUUACUUCAUUAAAUCAUAAAUAUUUCCGAACUCAUCUUGAGGACAGUCUUUCGUUAGGCAGACCAUUGCUAAUCGAGGAUGUUGCAGAAGAACUCGAUCCAGUACUCGAUAACGUACUUGAAAAGAACUUCAUUAAAUCAGGAUCUAUUGAGAAGGUUAUCGUUGGAGAUAAAGAAUGUGAUGUAAUGCCAGGAUUUAUGUUAUAUAUCACUACUAAACUGCCAAACCCAGCAUACAGUCCAGAAAUAUCCGCGAAGACAUCGAUUAUUGACUUUACCGUGACAAUGUUAGGUUUAGAAGAUCAGUUAUUAGGUCGAGUAAUACUUAUGGAGAAAGCUGAUUUGGAAGCGGAAAGAGUCGCUUUAUUCGAAUCAGUUAUGACUAAUCAGCGUUCGAUGAAGGAACUUGAAAGUACAUUACUACACAGACUUACAUCUUCAGAGGGUUCUUUGGUAGAUGAUGAAGCAUUAAUAACUGUUCUUCGAGAAACCAAAACUACGGCUGAAUCAGUAAAUGAAAAAUUGCAAGUAUCCGCUCUUACUGAGAAAAAAAUCACCUUAGCACGCGAAGAAUUUCGUGCAGUUGCGUCAAGAGGAUCUAUUUUGUAUUUUUUGAUAGUUGAAAUGAGCAAUGUUAAUGUAAUGUAUCAAAAUUCGUUGAGACAAUUUUUGACAAUCUUUGAUAAUUCAAUUACAAAAUCUACGAAGAGUUCUAUAACUUCCGAACGAAUAAACAUUAUUCUACGCCAUCUCACGUACGAGGUUUGGGCGUUUACUCUGAGAAGUCUUUACGAAAGGCAUAAAUCUUUAUUCACAUUGAUGCUAGGUAUGAAAAUAGAUUGUCAUAAAGGCACAAUUUCCCAUGCAGAAUUCAAUGCCUUCAUAAAAGGUGGAGCGUCCUUGGAUCUUAAUGCAGUAACACCAAAACCGUUCAAAUGGAUACUCGAUAUAACAUGGUUAAAUUUAGUCGAAAUAAGUAGACUAAAAGUAUUCUCGGAUAUACUAACAAAAAUUGAAUUCAGUGAAAGAGACUGGAGGGUAUGGUACGAAAAAGAGAAGCCAGAGGAGGAAGAUUUACCCUGCGGCUAUCAAAAAAGUCUUGAUGUGUUUCGGAAAUUAUUGCUCAUCAGAUCGUGGAGUCCUGAUAGAACUUUAUCCCAGGCGAGAAAGUAUAUUACUGAAUCAUUGGGUAAACAAUAUGGGGAAGCUAAAAUAUUAGAUUUAGAAGCAACGUGGUUAGAAUCUGAACCUAGGACACCACUAAUAUGCUUAUUAUCUAUAGGAUCUGAUCCGAGUCCUCAAAUUACAGCAUUAGCUAAACAAAAAACGAUUCCAUUAAAUUCAGUGUCUAUGGGACAAGGUCAAGAACUCCAUGCUCGAAGAAUGAUUAGUGAAGCCAUGAGUACGGGUGGCUGGGUUCUGUUACAAAAUAUUCAUUUAUCAUUGCCUUUCUGUACGGAAGUAAUGGAUGCUCUUGUUGAAACAGAAACUAUUCAUGAAGCGUUCCGAUUAUGGAUGACGACUGAAGUACAUUCUCAAUUUCCCAUCGGUUUACUACAGAUGGCAAUUAAAUUUACAAAUGAACCACCUCAAGGUAUAAGAGCUAGUUUGAAGAGAACUUAUCAAGCAGUGACUCAAGAUACAUUAGAUUACAGUACUCAAUCACAAUGGCCACCUUUGUUAUAUGCUGUUGCAUUUUUACACACUGUAGUACAAGAAAGAAGAAAAUUCGGACCCUUAGGCUGGAAUGUACCUUAUGAAUUUAAUCAAGCAGAUUUUGCAGCAUCAGUUCAAUUUGUACAGAAUCACUUAGAUGAUAUGGAUCCUAAAAAGGGUGUUUCUUGGCCAACAAUCUGUUAUAUGCUUGGAGAGGUCCAAUAUGGUGGUAGAGUUACAGACGAUUUUGACAAACGUUUAUUAACUACUUUCACACAUGUCUGGUUUUGCGAUGUAUUGUUACGACCCGGCUUUGAAUUUUAUCGGGGCUAUAGAGUACCCCAGACAAGAAAUCUUCAGGGAUAUUUAGACUACAUCGAUAGUUUACCUGCGACCGACACACCGGAAGUUUUCGGGCUACAUCCAAACGCCGAUAUUACUUAUCAGAUCAAUACAGCAAAAGGAAUACUAGAUACGAUUCUUAAUGUACAGCCAAAAGAAGGUGGUGCACAGGGGAGUGAAACUAGAGAGAAUGUCGUGUAUAAAUUAGCCAAUGAUAUGCUGUCUAAAUUACCCAAGCAGUACAAUUCCUUUGAAGUAAAAGAAGCGCUUCAAAAAAUGGGCCCAUUGUUACCAAUGAACAUUUUUUUGAGACAAGAAAUAGAUCGAAUUUCGCGAGUCAUAAAGGAAGUACGAAGUACUUUAACGGAUUUGAAGCUGGCUAUUGAAGGUACUAUAAUAAUGAGUCAAGGUUUGCGAAAAUCAUUAGAUGCGAUGUAUGAUGCACGCAUCCCAGACAAAUGGUUGAAAAUAUCUUGGGAAUCAGCAACUUUAGGUUUCUGGUAUACGGAACUCUUAGAAAGAGAUCAUCAGUUUAGACAAUGGUGCGUAAAUGGUCGUCCAAAAGUAUUUUGGAUGACUGGAUUUUUUAAUCCUCAGGGAUUUUUAACGGCAAUGAGACAGGAAGUAACCAGGGCACAUAAAGGAUGGGCAUUAGAUUCCGUAGUUUUACAAAACGUAAUUACACGUUACAAUAAAGAAGAUAUUAAAAAUCAGCCCCAGGAAGGAGUUUACGUCCAUGGGUUGUUUCUAGAAGGCGCAUCGCUUGAUCGAAAAGCCGGCAAACUCGUCGAAAGUAGACCAAAAGUUCUUUACGAACAAAUGCCAGUUAUUUAUAUUUUCGCAAUAAAUACCACUGCCGGUAAAGAUCCGAAAUUAUAUGAAUGUCCUAUAUAUAGAAAACCUCAAAGAACAGAUGCAAAAUAUGUGGGUUCUAUCGAUUUUGAAACUGAUUAUAAUCCCCGGCAUUGGACACUUCGAGGUGUAGCCUUGUUAUGUGAUAUUAAAUAAAAAAUUAAAUAUGCGUAUAAUUAAAGAUGAUUAAUUUAUAUAAUUUAAAAUUAUAUUUUAGUUAAUAUGUGGUAUAAUACUUAAAUUUCAUGCAUUAUUUGUAUUUA